AUGGCGCUGCGCGGCUGCCUGCGGGCCGGCCGAGGGGCUCUGCGCGCCGCGGGGCCGCCGGGGCCGCCCGCCCGCCGGGGCUGCGCCGGGGGCCGGCCUCCGCUCGCCUUGCAGCCGCCGGCUUUCGGCUUCCUCUUCGACAUCGACGGGGUGCUGGUGCGGGGCAGCCAGGUGGUGCCCGCCGCCCGAGAGGCUUUCCGGAGGCUGUCGGACGCGGGCGGGCGGCUGAGGGUGCCCGUCGUCUUCCUGACCAACGCCGGCAACUGCCUGCGGGCGGCCAAGGCCCGAGAGCUGUCCCAGGCGCUGGGGCUGCAGGUGUCUCCGGAGCAGGUGAUCCUGUCCCACAGCCCGCUGCGGCUCUUCGGCCAGUUCCACCCGAAGUGCAUGCUGGUGGCUGGGCAGGGGCCGGUGGAGGAGAAUGCCCGCAACCUGGGGUUCAAGCAUGUGGUCACCAUAGAGGCGCUGCGGAAGGCGUAUCCCCUGUUAGACAUGGUGGAUCAGAGCCGGAGGCCAAAGGAGUUGCCUCCUCCAACCACUGGCUUUCCCACUAUAGAAGGGGUGGUUUUGUUUGGUGAGCCAGUGAGGUGGGAGACAAGCCUGCAACUUAUUAUUGAUGUGCUCUUGAGCAAUGGGAACCCUGGGGCAGACCCAGAAGGUAUACCAUACCCCCAUCUACCUGUCCUUGCCUGCAACAUGGAUCUCCUAUGGAUGGCUGAAGCCAAGAUGCCGAGGUUUGGCCAUGGCACUUUCCUUCUCUGCUUGGAGAACAUCUACAAGAAGGUGACAGGCCGGGAGCUGAAGUAUGAGGCCUUGAUUGGCAAACCCAGCACAGUCACCUAUCACUAUGCUGAAUACCUGAUAAAAGAACAGGCCGAGAAACAUGGCUGGAAGGCUCCCAUCCGACGCCUGUAUGCAAUUGGGGACAAUCCUAUGUCUGAUGUCUAUGGGGCAAACCUCUACAACAACUACCUCAAGUCAGCUCAACAGAACCAAGUCGAGGCUGGGGUGAAGAGGAUCCCACAGGCAGCCAAUCCCCAAACUGAGGACCGCUUUGCAGUGGAGAGCUGUGAGUCAAUUCUGGUCUGCACUGGGGUCUACCGCCACAAUGCAGGUGUUGCCAGGAAGCUAGAAGAGUGCAACACAGAGACUGUGUUCCAUGGCCAUCGGGACUUCUGCUUUGACCCCAGCCUCGUGGAGGCAUCUUACGUAGUGCAGGAUGUGAAUGAAGCUGUGCAACUUGCUUUUGAGAAGGAGAACUGGAGUUAGGGUUAAAGACAGGUGUGCCUAAAGAACUGCUGUCAGGGCAGAGGGGAAGAAUGGAGAGAGACCUGGGUUGGUCUAAUCUAGCCAACACUCAGGAGGUCUCCCCAUUUCAGCACUAAAAGCCCCUUACUUUUACUAAUAAUCUUCCACAGUCCUGCCAGCAGGCUUUUAAUUGUGAACUUAAAUUUCUGUGAUCGCAAUUUGAGCCAUAAUAAAAACGGGACAUAAGGGAAAGGCUUAUCCCAGCAAUCUCAGUUUUGUUCAGCCACCAGAGUCCUUUCUUUCCUACCCUUUGUGUAUGAUAUCAGGCAAGCAAUCUUUGAGGAUGAAGCUCUUCCCUGUGCAAGGAGCUGCCACUAGCCAGUGUACCAUUCAUACACUGUACUAUUGGUCCAGUGUGCAACAAGAGCACACCAGGAACUGUGUUGUGGUGGCCCUCUGCCAAGGGAAGGCUUCAAGUCUUACCAUUCUCCUUAUAAAGAAUAAGUGCCUAUGGACUUUAACAAAUUCUGCUUGCUUGGGGAUUUGCCACUGCAUUGCUGUCAGCCUGAAACAAAGUCCCAUUUUGCAGCUCUCCAGCAGUGAUGAAGGGCCAGGGCCCCUCAAAGGAAGCAGCAGUAGCCAGAACAACUUGCUGCAAGGCCUCACGGGAAGUCAUUAUUCCCUCCCCCCUCUUUAACAUUCUGUGAACACUUCUGCCUUUUUGCAUCCUGCCUAGGGAGCCAUCAGCCUUUUCUCAAUAGCAGGAGAAAUCACUGCAUUUCCAGAGGUGUCUUUGGCCAGAACUCAGUGUUACAGCAGGAAGGUGUCGUGGCACUCACCCUGACCCCAGCUGGUGCAAGGGACAUUGCCCUGCUCCAGCUGACACAGCUUCCAAACAAGGGGCACUGAGAGCAAGGGCCAGCCAACACAAGUAACAGCCCAGCCUUUUUCUUGCUUUGCCUGCAGUGACUGAGAGACGAGAUUGUCAAGCCUUAGCCCCAGAUUUCAAGUCUUCAUCUCUGAGAGUAGAAGUGUAUCUGUCCUUCGCUUUCUUUUUUCCACUUUCCACGUUUGGUUUGCAACUCAGGAAUACCUCUUAUGGUCUGAUCCCCAUUCCCUCCUCUUCCUGUAGCUUGCAAAUAGAGCCUCCUUAACAUGAAUUAGCAUAUGGGACUUUUCUGUCUGGGAACAUUUCUAUAUCCCUACUGAUACGCACGUUCUACUGCCUGUUUUUCUAGCUUGGGAUAUCUGGAUCAAGUCCUGUGUCUCCUUAGACAAUCCAAAGAAGUUAAGCAAUCACUGUUUGGGGAACUCCAUGUGAAAGAUUGAAUUAGCAAGGGGUGUCGUAAUUCCAGAGGAGCACUGUGAUUUUAGAAGCAUAAGUCAGUUUGCAUUUGCAAUGGAAAUCAUUUGGAACCAGCACAACAGAGCUGGUGUUCCUAGUUAUACCCAGCCUCCACCACAGAGAGAUCAGAAAUAGGUCUGCUCUGCCCCCACUUCACUCCUUCCUGCUUUACCAGGCAGCUUCAUAUACAUGGUAUGAGCAAGACAUUCUGUGUUGUUCUUAAUUAAAAUCUCAGCAUCCACGUGCACUUACAUUCUGCUUCAGCAGCUUGAUGUACCUUCCUAGGAAGGUCAAACUGCAGAGCAGGUUCUUUUCUUGUUUUGUUGGGUUCUGUGACUGAAUGGGUUUGGGUAUGCAGUCAAAGACCCAAGCAAAGAUGGCUUUUUUCUCCAGGCUUUGUUUUCUGAAUAGGAGCAAGAAAAAUACUUCCCUGGGUGAAUUUACCUGUUGUGAAAUCAGUAACAGGAAGGAGCCUCUUCCUUUCUUAGUACUAGCUAGGAUUCUUUUUCUUUGUCUUAUCAGGAUGAGAAUAAUUUGGCUGCUUCUAAGAGCAGCUGUAACCUGUGGAACACUGUCUUUGAUUUGAAUCCUUUGCCCUUCACUGGAAGGAUAAAAAACAAAAAGCAGAAGUCCAUUUCAUCUACUUGCACAAAACAAGGGCUCACCUACAGUUCCCAGAAGGAUUAAUACAGGAAAGGACUUGGCAUAAAACAUGAGGAAGGUUUUUUUUAGCUUUCAGAGCAUCUCCAGAGUUACAAGCAUGCUAUGGAUCCAGUGUGCAAGGCCUGAUAUUAGAGGCCCAAGUCCCAUUCAUUAACUAACUCCAGUGUCCCUCAGCCAUACUUUCCACAGGAAGAGGAACGCUCCCUUUCAUUGCAAUAUUUGUGUAGACCUCAGAGAGCUGGUUGCUGGUAAUAACUCCUGACCAUAUCCUCUAGUUGGUAGGUAGGUACUUCUCCACAGAAAUACUAAUGUCUGACUGUGUGCAUGUGCUGUAGCCUUUGGUAGAGCUCUUUCCUGUUAUUUGUUAAGACCAGGUGCUGCUGAACCAGUGUUCCCUGAGGGGUGUAGCAUUACUGAAACAGCUAUCUCAGAUGGAACCUGGUAUGCUGGCUGUGCUUCUGAUGCCAGUUGUAGAAAGAACGUGCACAGGAAUGUUGAGAAAUCACAGGCAGUUUUUAAUUUCAUACUAACAUACAUGGCAUGUCUCAGCCAGAAGCAAAGUAGGUAUCAAGAGGACAGAGUUAAUGCCCCGUCCAGCAAAGGAACAGGUUUGCAUUUACACAGACUGAGCAGGCAUCUCCAUCUUUAGAAUAGCAGUGAUGGAGAACUGACUGAUGGGAAUCAGCUUUGGAUUCCAAAUUAGCUUUUAGCUCCAGAUUUUUUUUUGAGCCGUGUUAGUGUUAAAACAGUGCUCUGGGAGUCUUUAAAGUGCGUAGGAGGAACUUCAGUGAUAAAGAAUUCAAGAAAUGCUUCACUUGAGAGUUGAAACUGAGCAGAGGGGAGAAGUCUAGAAAAAUCUCAUAGCAGGCUUCUUGCUUAUCGGCAGCUCAUCCAUGGACAUCUGUUAUUGCUAGAAUUCAGUGAAAUCCUUUCUCCUCGGAAUUGCAGUUUCCUGGAACAAGCUUCAAGAGUGGCUGGAACAUAUCCUUUCCUAUAUCUCAUGUAUUGCAUUUCAGAUGCCACAUUUCUCUAGUUUGGGGUAAGCAUACUUCUGAGCAAUUUAUUGGACCAAGCAAGGACAGGGGACUUCACUUGUUCUUCUGAUCCCUUAAUAUUCAUAUGGCGCGCUACCUUAUGCAACAAACAGUGAAGACCUGAUCUAACAGCUCCACCUUCCACAGAUGGGGAGGUUUUAGGCAAGUCUAAAGGAAGUACAUGGUGAGUUCAGGCAACUGAGAAUAGCAGGGGGGAACUGAAGGAGGGACUGACCUAAUUUUGGGUCUGAAGCAGAGAGCUUUUAUGUCAUGCAAUAACAUGGUGGUCAGAGAGGACAAUUCUGUUAUUCCACAGUACAAAUGCAACCACUAGCCUGGCAUUCAGGGAAUCGUGUAACACUACUGUACCCUUUCUUCCAGUGUUAAUCCUGGUGUGUCUUUCUACCCUUCCCUCCCACCCACCAUAAAUGGGUAAUGUUUCAAAUUAUGUCAUGUACACUGUAUUGGGGUGAUUAUAUAUGGUACAGAGAAAUCACAAGAUGUGUUUGUUUUAGCAUUCAAAUCAAGUUUAACCCAGAUCCAGAGCUUCUCCUUUGAAUUAGCACAUUUAAAAAUAAUAAAAGAGGUUUUCUGUGAAAUAAAUUUUAGUAUGCUGUAUGCACGUUUUGUGAGUAUUGU